AACGGAACUUGUUCUUCUACCCUAUCUACAUACUUCUACGUAUACUUAAUUCGCCCAUCAAUCGCUCUGGGUCCUUUUGCUAAGACUUCCAUCGUCUAUUACUUAUUUAAUUACCGUCGUCGAUUAGCUCCUUAGCUGCUACUAUACCAUAUCUCAAGAUGCGUUACGCUACCGCCAUCGCUGUCGUCUUGUCUGUUGCGACCACCUUCGUUGCGGCACAGAGUUCGUGCGCGGCGCAGACCAUCCUUGAUGCCUGUAUCGAUGGCUACCAGUCCCGUAUCGCGAGCUGCCAGCGCAAUGGCAACGACUACAUCUGCCUGUGCGACGUGUACAGAGAUGUGCUAGUUUGCUACAACAACUGCCCGGACAGCACCGACAAGCCAUCCGUCCAGAACACAGUCACAUCAUACUGCUUGGCUGCCGACCCUCUUCGCUCUGCUUCCUUGUCAUCCCUCGCUUCGGCUAAGUCCGUCGCCGCCACUGCCACGACCAACAAGCCUGCUUCGACUUCUGCUUCCCCGGCGGGUGCGGCGCUUGUUGCGUUUUUGGGUGCCGCUCGGUUGUUGUAGGUGGAUUGGAUGAAGUGUGGUAGUGGAUACUGAUGGGAAGGGAGGUUGGUGUGGAGUAAUACUAUAAUAGGCUCGAGAUGUGAAAGGAGUUGAAUAUGAAAUUGUUGGUCGCAAAUUCCAACCACUUAUGAUGGCCUACUUACAUCGCACCACGAGUGAAAUUUGUGUGUAUCUGUGGCGCCACACGAGCAGUAUCUCCUUUCCCCCUGUAUGGCGAUGUGGCGCAGAAGUAUU